GAAUACGCACAUGACAAAUCGAAGUGUUAGAAAGACAGACCUCCAGAAUUCCCGUCUCUCUUUGUUUUAAUCCAAAUCCAAACCCUUCUUCCCAUAACCUCGUAACUAGCUCUAUCGCUGUUUAAUUACCACACUGGGGUUCCUUUCUCUUAUUUCUUAUCUAAAUCCAGAACCCUCAUUUUGCGAGCGAAAACAUCACACUUCCCGGAAAAAAAAAAAAAAAACCAAGUCGCUUCAAACAAUACUGAUGCAAACAGUUUCUCAUUUUUUCCGAUUCAUUUGAUGACGAUCUUUAACGUUUGCCGCAGUCUCCGAGACUCGUUAUGCGGAACAUUCGACCGGUGCUGCCGGUUUCUCCCUUGCCUCUCCGAUCCCGCUCGGAGGUCUGCUUUGGGUUUAAAGGCUGCAUUGGUGAUGCUGCAUCUGAUAUAUGCUGGUGUUCUGUUUCUGUUUGAUGGAGGUUUGAUAGAGAAAACUAAAAGAGAACCAUGGUAUACAGGAACAUAUUUGGCUCUUUUUGUCAUUACAUUGGUUCAAUACUUCGUUACUUCUGGUUCUUCUCCUGGCUAUGUCCUUGAUGCAAUGAGGAAAGUGAACGAGGCAAAUUCAAUAUUCAGAAGGACAGCAACAGUAUCAAAACAGCCUGCUUCAAGCAAAGGAAGCGUGGUUGUGACAGUGGAAGGCAGUCAGUUGGGAAGACCACUUCUUAAAGAUAAUGGAACACCUUGGAGCAAACUUGUAUUGGACUUGUAUCCUCCCGGAACAUCUAUUAGAAGUUUGACUUGCUCCUACUGUAAUGUUGAGCAGCCUCCGAGAUCAAAGCAUUGUCAUGAUUGUGACAGAUGUGUUCUUCAGUUUGAUCACCAUUGUGUGUGGCUUGGAACAUGCAUUGGUGUGGGUAAUCAUUGUAAAUUUUGGUGGUACAUUUGUGAAGAGACUGCAUUGUGCCUCUGGACUGGCAUCCAAUAUAUCACAUACCUGAAGAGUAAUAUAGCAAGCGCUUGGUGGAAGGAUGCAAUCAUGAUUGUGCUGUUGGUUACCUUAUCGAUUUCGCUUUUCUUUCUCCUUCUCUUGCUACUUUUUCACAGCUAUCUUAUUCUGACCAAUCAAAGUACCUAUGAGCUUGUAAGACGUAGACGGAUCUCAUAUUUAAGGGGAAUUCCUGAUAGAGUAUAUCCUUUUAGUAAAGGAGCAUGCAGAAAUUUAUACGAGUUUUGCUGUCUUCGGAGCAGUAAAUACAGAAUGGAAUCAUUACCAACAGCUCUGGAACUUGAAGAAAAAGCAAGACCUUAUACAUGUACGGAUGUCGUAACAUGUCGAUGUUGCUGACAUUGAAUUUGUAUCAUUAGAAUUUAUUUUUCCCAUUCACCUGAUGUUUAUUGAGGGCAACAUCCGGAGGCAGAUCUGUGCAUGCAUUUGGUUAGAGAGCCCCGAGAUAUGGGAACCAUGGAAGUUUGGGUUGAAACUGGUUGAGGUUUGAUAGUUUGUACUUCGUUUUAGGCUAGAUCUUUAGGCUUGUUAUACAGUCGGUUUUUGACUUUAUGCUUUGCUGGAUGUAAGAUUCAGAAUGUUUGUGCCAGUUUAUACAGCAGUGAACAAUUCCCAUUAAUACUGUUUUUGUUCUCUUCGGC